CCGAGUUCAGAAUACACUUGGAAGCAGUCUAUCGGAUAGCAUGGCCACGGUAUUGAACCUCGUGAAUUUUAUUCCUUCUCCAUUUAUCUCUUUAACAUUCUCCUCUUAGAGCGUAUCUAAUAAAACUGAGCACCGACUAUGCGCUUCAUCUCAGCACUCGCACCGCUGGUAUGCGGACUCUCCCAGCUGGCCUUUGGUCGGAGCACGAGUUAUGAUCUGGCUGUCACAACAGUCUUUACGCAGCCUCCGGAAUGCACCGGUGGGUUGACUGAAGCGGCAACAGAUACAAUUAUCUGGCAAAACAUUAUCAAUCCCGCGCCAGACCUGACCUUGACAUCAUGUUACCCAAGUCAAUUUUACCAAAGCGCAAUGGCUACUGCGUCGCUUCCCCCGUUUAGCCAAUUGGUGUGUCCAAAUAAGUGGGAAGUUUUCAAUCUCAACGCAACCUACGCUAUUUGCUGCCCGUAUCGCUUUGAUUUGUACAUACCGCAACUGACCCAUACGCAGCGCCCCGGCCUCGGGGCCGUCUGUACGUCUCUGAUAUGGCCAGAUGUUCUUAUGGAUGUUACGAGUUAUGACAAGACAGCUCUGGCCACCGUAAUCCCAACAAAAGCUGGCUCAGAUAUAACCGUGGUAUGGGCGACUGCGUUUGACGGAAUCUUGGCGACUCCUGUUACAUCACCGACUGGAUUUGGUCCCAUAGACAAGACCGCACUCUCUACCUCGGCUAUUCCAAGCGAAAGCACAAGCACACGAACCCCUUCUGUUACCUCGAAUGAGAUCAGGCCAUCUUCUGCUACUGCUUCAAGCAAGAGCACAUCUUCUACAACUACCUCGGGCGCAACCCCGACCUCGACCAACUCAGCUCUGGCAAUGAUGAUAAUGGCGGUGGCGAUACUGGCGGCGGUGGUGAGCUGAAGAAAGUGUCAAGUGGACGAGUGUGUGUGAUAGAAUAGCCCAAAUUGACCGAGAUUAGCCACUUUC